GGGUUACACACAAGGUUGCGCUGCCCAGCUCGUGCUGGCUUGGGAACAAACUGGCAGCUCCUCCCCUGGACUCUGGUCACUGCUUGGCUGCACCUGCACUCUUCAGUCCUCACCCGUGCCCGGACUGAGAAAUCAGCCGGGGAAAAGCGACCACCAGAGCAGCCCAAGCGGCUGAAUGUGCUCUGAGAGGACUCGGCCAGCACCCGAACGCGGCUCUGACUGAGCUCCAGGAGCUCUAACACACACACAGGAGAAGCAGUUCUGCUCUGCCCACGCUGAAAAUGCCAGAGGCUGGAGCGAGCGUCCUGCUGCUCCGGGCUUGCCUGGCUCUGCUGGCCUCACCCAUCUACCUGCUGUCCUUCCUGGGCUUGUGGGAGCCUUUCUGCAGGAAGGUCUUCUUCCCCUUCAUCUUAGAGAAGAUUUGUGUGGCUCACGACAAGAAAUCCAAGAAGCACAAGCAGGAGCUAUUCCGUAAUCUACCCGACUUCAGGGGCCCCUCCGGCGAGCUGAGGCUGCUGGAGAUCGGCACCGGCGGCGGCUCCAACUUCCAGUUCUACCCACCGGGCUGCAGAGUCACCUGCACCGACAUCAACCCCCACUUCCAGGAGAGCCUCUCCAAAAACAUGAAGAAGAACCAGCACCUCCGCUACGAGCGGUUCCUGGUGGCCGCAGGAGAAGACCUGGGCCAGGUGGCCAGCGGCUCCGUGGAUGCCGUGGUUUGCACGCUGGUGCUGUGCUCCGUGCACAGCGUCAGCACAACCCUGAGCGAAGUGCUCCGGGUGCUCCGGCCGGGAGGAGCUUUCUAUUUCUUGGAGCACGUGGCCGCUGAGCAUUCCAGCUGGAGGUAUUUUUGGCAGCAGGUCUGUUACCCGACUUGGAAACUCGUCUUUGCUGGAUGCUGCCUCACGAGAGAGCCGUGGAAGAAUCUGGAAGAGGCAAAGUUCUCGGAGCUGAAGAUACAGCACAUCGGCUUGGCGAUGCCCUGGAUGCCCAUCGAGCCGCACAUCGUGGGGUACGGGGUGAAGUAACCCCUGUCCUGCCCCCCAAAAAUUCCUCAUCGUGACCAACACACCCUGCCAGGCACAGGCUCCUCCACACGUGCCUGUAUCAGUAACACAGUGAAGGACUUAAAUCAGAAAUCAAAUUGUCAGGUCAGAAGAGAGGGUCAAUUUUCUUAGUGUCUCUGAAUCACAGAAUCAACAAAGUCGGAAAAGCCCUUUUGGAUCGGAGUCCAGCAGUUAACUCAGCACUAGCACCAUGUUCACCACUAAACCAGGUAUCCAGGUGCCACAUCCACAUGUUUUUUGAGCACUUCCAGGGAUGGUGCCUCCACCACUGCCCUGGCCAGCUUGUGCCAGGGCCUGACAGCCCUUUCUGUGAAGAAAUCUUUCCUCCUAUCUAAGUAAACCUCUGCUGAUAUAACUUGAGGCUGUCUCCUUCCUGAAGCCGUGGUGCUGCUGAGCCUGCCUUGCUAGAGCCCAGUGCAUCCAGGGAAGAUCCCAGGACAACAGAAACCAGCCUGGGAAGCAGAAAAUAAAUGUAUUAAUGGA